GCAAGAAAACGCGGACAUGUAGUGCAGAACAUUCAGUUCAAACAUCGAUGGCGCACAACGAAAGCUCACCCAGCAGCAUGCUGUCCACGUUCAACCCAAUUCAGCUUCUUGAAGAUCUCAGGAUGAAAGGAGACCCUCGAACACGAGAUUUCCCAAUCGCUGGAAAUCCCGCAGUCGUGUUCGCGCUCAUGAUGUCCUACCUGUACAUCGUCAAGUACGGACCGCGAUGGAUGAAGGACCGCAAGCCUUUCAACAUCACGAACCUCGUCAGGAUCUACAACUUACUCAUGGUGAUCUUGAACGCCAAGUUCUUGUGGCUCGCUCUGAACGUCACCUACUUUCCCGGAGGCAAAUACAGCCUCCUCUGCCAAGGAAUAUCCAAGGAUAUCGACCCGGAAGACUUCAAACUCUACCGGAGAGGGAGGUGGUACUUGCUCGUGAGAUACGCCGAUUACCUGGACACGGUCUUCUUCAUCAUGCGAAAGAAGUUCAACCAGAUAACGCAUCUUCACGUGAUUCAUCACAACCUGGUCGUUUUUAAUGGAUGGUUCUGGUUCUUGUACGCUCCAGAAGGACAACCAGCGUUGGGGUUGUGCAUGAACGCCUUCGUUCACGUCGUCAUGUACGCCUACUACUUCUUGUCCACCUUUGGCCCAGGGGUGAGGAAGUAUCUGUGGUGGAAGAAAUAUUUGACGAAAUUGCAGAUCGCGCAGUUCAUCAUCUUCAUCGUUCACAUGAGCAUCCCGCUCUUUAUUGACUGCGGGUUUCCCAGGCAUCUGGUUCCGUUCGCGAUAGGUCAAGUCGUGCUUGUAUUGGUGUUGUUUUUGAAUUUUUAUUAUCGUACUUACGGCGUACUAAGGAAGAACGCCGAAGAAAGCAAACAAAAGACACCUGACGGCGGCCAAAAUGCUGGCUCAAGCAUGGAUGAAAACGAAGAAAGCUCUUCGGCGUGUCGGAGACGCGCCAUCAAUACAAACGCUGCGUAAAACGCGCGUUCAAAACUGCGAGAAUAUGGAGACGUUGUGUAACUUCAGACAUUUUCCCUGUCUGCGACUUGGACAUGACCAAUAUACAGCAA